AGAAGGACAGAGACCACUGGGAAGACCAAGGCGUAGGUGUGGUUUUGUUGUGUCCGCAAGGAAGAUGUCAGAUGAAGCAAAGAAAAUGGCAGAAGUUGCCCCACAGACGCCGUGGGAGGAAGCAGUUCAAGAAGAGCAACAGUGCUUGUAUGAGAAGUUUGGGGACAGAGAUUGGGACUGCUAUAAGUGUGAUGAGGAGAAAUUGCUAGAAAGGAACUUGGGGUAUGCCAUCUUUGGUCGUCCAGAUGAGCUUCCAGAAAGUGAAAAUGAUUUUACAGGUUACCCAAAGGAGAAAUUAACAGAAAUCCGCAAAGUUAGUGCUAUAAUCAAAAAGCACAGCAAGGAUUCACCAGAGUGCCAAGGCUCUGAAAUGCUGGUGUCGACAAUCUUUGUGUUCCUGAACAGGGAGGACCAACUGUUUCCAUUUCCUGUGUUCCGAAUUCCAGGCUGUGACCCAAAGGAUGCAAAAAAAGCAGGACCUGAGAAAUUUGUGGACUCCAACUGCCGCGUGUACAAAGACUGGGAUGAUUUCCUGAAAAGCAAUCAGUUGCCAAGUGGCAGCUACUGUUACCCAAGAGGAGGGGUUUAUAUUGGCGAUGAAAAUGAUAAAGUUAUCCUGGACUUUGGCAAGACUCCAGCAAGUAGCUUCACAAACACACUUUUGUCCGUGUGUGAUACUGCCAGCUCACUUAUAAUGGUUGGUGGUAUGGCAGUGAGUUUGACCGCGAUGUUUACUGCUGUGGCAGCACCUGUAGCUGCAGCAGCCAGUGCUGGAGCUAUCUGGACUGGUGUGUAUGGUGCCUCAAGGAGUACACAAACAUUGGUUGACCGAGGCAGACAUGAACAGAGUGUGGGGUUGAAGGAUACAGAAGCUCGAAACUGCUGGAUUUCUGCUGCUAGUAAUGUAUUGGGAAUUGCUUCAGCCAAGGGUGUUGCAUACCUCACCAAGGUGACGCAGAGUGGAGAAGUUCUUGGCAGAACGGGACGUGUGAUGGUGACUGCACUCAAUUAUGGGUCACUGGCAGCAAAUGGACUGGGAUUGUUUAGUACCUUUGUUGCUUUGUGUGAGAAACAUAAUUCCGAAGGGGUAACGCCUCUUGAGGUGUUCCAGUUUGGGUCAUCACUGUUGUUCUUCAGCAUGUCAGCAAUGAAUACUAAGACAGCCAGUGCUAUUAUCAAAGAAACACAAAGUGGUAUCAUAAACGAAUUUGAGGGAAGCUUGAGGAGCAACAGACAUCGACGUAUGUUCCGCCGUGUUGCAAAACAAACGCAAGGCAAUGACGGAAACUCCAUGCAAGGCAAUGCAAAGGUUAUAAGAGGCAUUAAUCAUAUCACUGAUAAGGAUGACUUUUUUGCUGGGCUGGUGCGAGUUCAAAAACAACUGAGCAGAAGUGGAGCAACGGUGUCUUUCACAGACACAGGAUUGGUGGAAAUCAACGGUGGGCUGCAAGUCCACCCAAUGGACUUCUCUGAGAUUAAUAAGGCCCAGCGUCAGGUUAUUCUGGAUGCCACCAAGAAACUCAGUGAGAGGAUUUUGACCCGUCAACAGUUUAAUGAAGAGGUGAAAACAUUCUGUCGAGAACAAGAGAUUGUGUUCAGGUUGCGACGGACUGAGACCAUAGCAAGCAUCAAUAAAACAGUGAGUUCAGAUACGAGUGGAAAACCUGAUGGGUUGAAAAAUAUGCUGUCCAAGAUGGAUGAUGGGCAAGUGGAUACUGUGACAUCCUGUUUGUGGAAUUUUGCACAGGAACACCACCAGAAAAUCCUAGAUAUUUCAAUCAAGCUUGCAGAGGGCCUGGGUUUCAAGAAAACAGCUGAAUUUCUUCAUAUUGUUGAAUUCUUUGUUCAGUACAUCAAUGAGAUGGUAAAUGAGGUUGAAGCAAAAUAUCAAAGUGAUUUGAAAAAUGCUCAGUCUUCACAAGGAAAUAAUUUUAACAGAGCACAGUUUGACGAAAAUUACCAUAAUCAAGGAGACAGAAGGCAGAAUUUCAUAAGAGUUGUUCUUACGAAUUACAACACUGUAGAGGCCAUGGGUUAUGUCAAGAAAGCAUGUCAGCUUUUCAUGAAAGUGGCUUUAUCAGAGAGUAGAGAUAGUGUUGAAAUGGAAGCUGAUAGCAACUCUCAUGUAGAGACCACAGGAAGAGAUCAGGGAGCUGGUGGCAACUCUCAUGUAGAGACCACAGGAAGAGAUCAGGGAGCUGGUGGCAACUCUCAUGUAGAGACCACAGGAAGAGAUCAGGGAGCUGGUGGCAACUCUCAUGUAGAGACCACAGGAAGAGAUCAGGGAGCUGGUGGCAACUCUCAUGUAGAGACCACAGGAAGAGAUCAGGGAGCUGGUGGCAACUCUCAUGUAGAGACCACAGGAAGAGAUCAGGGAGCUGGUGGCAACUCUCAUGUAGAGACCACAGGAAGAGAUCAGGGAGCUGGUGGCAACUCUCAUGUAGAGACCACAGGAAGAGAUCAGGGAGCUGGUGGCAACUCUCAUGUAGAGACCACAGGAAGAGAUCAGGGAGCUGGUGGCAACUCUCAUGUAGAGACCACAGGAAGAGAUCAGGGAGCUGGUGGCAACUCUCAUGUAGAGACCACAGGAAGAGAUCAGGGAGCUGGUGGCAACUCUCAUGUAGAGACCACAGGAAGAGAUCAGGGAGCUGGUGGCAACUCUCAUGUAGAGACCACAGGAAGAGAUCAGGGAGCUGGUGGCAACUCUCAUGUAGAGACCACAGGAAGAGAUCAGGGAGCCGAUGGCAACUCCCAACUGCUGUACAAGAAACACAGAGAUUUUAUAAAUAAUGGAGACCUUUCAGAUACUGAAGUUUAUAUGAUUGCGCAGGAAGUGACUGGAUUGUUCUUGUCUGAAGGAAAUGCUGAACUGUUCCGAGAUGGUAUGGUCACAUUUGUUACUGUCAUUGAUCCUCAUAUUCAACCAGUUACAGUAAUUGUUAAUAGCAACAAGCAUGAUGCUACUGUCACUGCUAGCCUUGUCCUUUAAUAACAGCCCGUAAAAUGAUACGCUGUUUCUGUAUCUUUCUUUUAAUUCCAUAGAUGAAACACUGCAGUUUUAUUUAUAUUUACAACCUUUUAUGUGCUUCUGUAUCUGGCAUCUUUUGUAACUUGUAGGAUGCCUGGUUGCAACAUUAGAAGUGCAGAACUUACAACAGAGUACAGUGUAAGUAUAAAUAAAAAUGCUGUGCUGCUUUCGGCAACAUUGCAGGUUUAAUUGAGAUCUUAGCUCUAGCAUCACAGAUCUUGGAUCUCGGUAGAUGUGCCAGAACUGAGUCGCUCCGUUUGUUUAGGUAGAGGGUUACUAGAAUAGCGCCUGUGUUCUUUGAGAUCAAAAUAUCAUGUUAAAAUCUGUUUUCCUGAAUUUUAAAAUGCUAUUCUAGAUUUCUGCUUUGAAUUUCAAUGUAAUAGACACCAGUGGCGGGAGCCCUUUUUAUUCUGUGUUAUUAAAUAA